AUGAAGUUCACACUCUUCCUCGCAGCCACACUCUUCACUGGUGUCUUGGCCGCUCCCCUAUCCAAGACAGUCAUCGUUCGAGAUGAGACACUUGCAGCUCGCCGUCUGCCAGCCUUUGCUACACCCCGCAUUGGCGUCACUGUAGCCUCAAAAAAGAAGAAGUCUGCAUCUCGCGAUAGGCGCUCAAUUAGCCGCAAGGAUGUGAGCGUGGUCAGCUUACUAGAUCGUGUUGCUGAGAAGAUCAAGGAGAGAUGUGAUGACAUCGAAUCUGUUUUGGAGGAAACCAAGGUUAAGAGACUGUCGAAACACAAGGCUGUGCAUAAAGUCCUUCGCAAGAUGAACAGUAUCAGAGCGACGCUCUCCCGAACAGUCUCUAUCAUGGACAGGAAUCCAACUCUUGACCUCACUCAAGACGAUGGCCAAGCUCUUCUCAAUAAUGUCUACAACAUAACCGAGGAGUUGCAAAACACCGUCAAAGACUCCGUCACCACACUAGGAGGAACAGGAGCUCGCUCCAUGUCUCGAGCAACUCACAUGCUCGCCGAUGUCCUCAGCAACAUCGUCACCCUCAACCCAGACACUGCCUCAGACAUGUAUCGCAAGCUGAAUCCUAUCUUCUCCAAUAUGGUUUCCACUGACGAGAAGGACUUGCAUGUCUUUAUCAUGGGCUCAGUGACAGAGUUCUUGUCAUCCAUCAAGCCUGAUGAUCUUGACCCAUGCAGCUCUGGAGAUUGUUCCGACAGUCCAAAGGAAGAAUUGAAAUGA